AUGUUGAUAAUUGAAUCAUGGGCAGAUUCUGAUCCAUGCGAAAUUUAUGAAAAAGAAAAUCAAUUAAAUGAAAAUGAAAUUGAAAAUCUUGUAUCGAAAUGCAUACUUGAUGAACUUGAUGAAAAAUCCUAUAAUUAUAAUUUAAGUAUUCAAUUAUCAGAAAAUAUUGCGAAAAAUAUUCGUCGUGAACUUGCUGAAAAAUAUAAAUUUUAUAAAAUUAUUGUACAAACAUUUCUUGGUCAAAUGUCAAAUGAAAAUUUAGAUUCAUAUAAUUUUAAAUUAUAUGCUUCAUAUCAUUUUGAUCAACGAACAGACAAAUGUCUUUCAAUUAUUAAAAAUAAUGGACAAAUGUAA